AUUACAGUCAACAGUCGAAUCGUUUCAAAACCUUUGGAAAAUGUUGUAGUAGACAUUCUGGUAAGACAGUGGCAGGAAUAGAUCAAGUGAAAUUGUAUUGGUACGGUUUUUGAGAGACAGGACCCGAGAAAUGUGACUGUGGAUCGAACUGAAAUCAAAUCAGCUCAAGAAAGAAGUCAUACAAUCUGUCACUAAAUUUGCUAUUAAUGAAAAACAAUAAUACGUCUAUGUACUCGAUGUAGAAAUCACCAGAAAAAAGAUACAACUGGGACUCAAUCCUGUCAUUGGAGCUUGGACCAUACUAGCUAAAUAUGGAUUCAAAAACAAUUUGACCUCACGAUUCAAGUUUGAAGUGAAAGAUUAUGUUCUUCCACGGUUUGAUGUUAAAAUUACUCCUCCACACUACGUGUUAAAAACGAAUAAACACAUUGAAGUAUACGUUUGACAAAGUGCUACUUGGAUCUGUGGCAGUAGAGCUCGGUGUGUGGAGAGGCAAGGGCUGCAUCUCGGUCUUCUAUAACGACACUUACUUUCUUGGAUCGAUCGACAACGGAGGCAAAGCCUUAAUGAUUCCAAACUCCGGUUACGGAGUCUUCCCUUUGGACAAGAGACUGUGGAUACGAGCAAUAGCGACGGAACGAGCAAGUGGAGUGAGAUUCACGCAGACAGAUAUGACGGCUACUUUCACAAGCAACCCAUAUAUAAUCGAAUUCGACCGCUCAAAGCCGUUUUACAAACCUGCCAUGCCGCUUGAGUCAAGUGUGAAAGUGACGUAUCCUAAUGGUCAUCCAGCAGCGGGAAUCAAUUUGAAUUUUAGCGAUCAAUUAGGUCAAAAGUAUACGUCUAUCUCUGAUAACAAUGGCUUUGCCAAACUAACUCUCAACACGAACAGAAAUUCAACAAACGUCACUUGCCAAGUAAAACCUGCCGGAGAACAAGUGAUCACCGAGUUUGUAUACUUCCCAUUUGCACCUACUUGUAACAAUCAGAGCAGUCAGUUUACGAUUAAGUUGGGACCAACAAACAGUGGAAUAAUAAAGGUCGGCAAGUUCUGUUAUUUCGAAAUUAUUGUAAACGAACUAACCCAGAAAAAGAUUGACAUGACGUUUCUCGUCCUUUCUCACGGACUAAUUCAGCACUCGACUACGUCGUCAUUAUCCAGGGGAUUUAAUGAACUCAGUAUAUUCGUUCAACCGCAUUGGUCGGAAAAGUUUCACUUGAUUGGCUACUACUACGAUCAAAGCUGCGAUAGCAUUAGCACAGACGUUCUAACAGUCAAAGUGGAACAAACUUUUACAAAUAAAAUAGAAAUACGGCCACAGAUGACCUCAGUAUCUCCUGGCUCAACGGUUACUUUGGAAAUUAGAACAGAACCAAAUUCAGACGUAGCUCUUUUGGCAGUCGACAGUGGCAUGUAUGCACUGAACAACAAGAAUAAACUUACGCGUAUUUGA